UGUCACUAAUUUCAUCAAAAGCCAAAUUGACUCCUAUAAUGUUGCACAAUUAAUUGCACUGUUUGUUUAUUUUCGUUCCAGUUUCUAUUAGUUUGUGUCUUUCUGAUUGGCAGGCGGCGGCAAAAGUUUUUUUCCUGAUCCUUUUUUUAAAUACUAACUACAAACUUCAAGACGAGAUAGUCUUAAUCUACAAGCUACAAAUAUGCUAGCAAAAACUGCAGCAUGUGGAAGAAACUUUCCUUUAGAGUGUAGUGUGUUUCUUUAUGGCACUAGCACAGACUCGGUCUCUAGUAUAAUAUAUCAAUACGCAAGUCCCAGUUUCACCCAUCUUCUACUCAUCUAACUCCACUCAUUUCCUGUCCUCCUUUGUUACUGUUAGAAAAAAUGGCUUCCUCCUUAGACCAACUGAAUCCAGACAUGGAGAGCAUCAAGAAAUAUUUGUUUAAAAUGGCCAUGAAAGGCGAAUGGGGUAGCGUGGUUGAAAUAUAUAGGACAAAUGCAAUGGCCCACACGGCUAAGCUCACCAGGUCAGGGGACACAGCAUUACACAUUGCUGUCUCCGAUAGCCAAGAAGACAUAGUCCAAGAACUUGUAGAAUGUAUUUCCACUCACCGAAAAGGCAAAGAGAACGAGGUUCUUGAAAUUGGAAACGAGCAAGGGAAUACUCCUCUCCAUAUUGCUGCAUCGAUAGGGAGUGUGGCUAUGUGUCAGUGCAUUGCAGAAUUUGAUAAAUCGUUGGUGGGUGCUCGUAAUCACGACAAAGAGACCCCUUUUUUCUUGGCAGUUCUUUAUGGUAAAAAAGAAGCCUUUCUUUGUCUUCACCAUCUCUGUGGUACCAAGAAUGGCUAUGAAUAUUCAAGGAGGAUGGAUGGUGACACUAUUCUUCAUUGCGCUAUCUCUGGAGACUAUUUUGAUUUGGCAUUUAGAAUAAUUCACUUGUAUGACAAACUAGUUAACUCUUUCAAUGAGCAAGGAUGGACCCCUCUUCAUUUAUUAGCGAGCAAGCCUUCUGCUUUCAGAAGUGGUAGCCACCUUGGACGAUGGUAUAAAAUGAUUUAUCAUUGUAUCUUUGUUGAUGAGCUCAAGAAGGAACCAUCUGAUGACCAUCCAACGGGACCAAAUAACAAUCUCAAUCACCAAAAGAAGAAGAAGUAUCCAGAGAAUUACAGAACAUGCAUCAACUUCUGGAAAUUAAUGUAUUGGAAUGUGGAUUUACUCAUCAACUUCCUCCAGUGGUUUUGGAAUGUGGUUACAGGUGCUCUAAAAAAGAUGCAGCGAACAGAUGCACACACCUUUGAUGAAAGAUCACAGGGCACAGCAGAUAAUAAUAGUGGAGUACCAACAGACGUUGAGAACCCUAAAGGAGGUAAUCAAGGAUCCAAUACUACCAAUGGGGCUCAGGGGCAUAUACUGUUUCCAGCUAAUUAUGGCACCUGCUUUGAGUUUGUCAAGUUUGCAUCUAAGGCAAUGCUAGUCAUUUUGGGACUAGGAUCUACUGUGAUAAGAAAGAUAGAAGAGAAGAAACAGAAGCACACAUGGGCAGUUCAGAUCAUGAACGAACUUCUACGAUCUACUUCAACAUACGAAUAUGAUGACACAGCGGGGACAAGCCCCAUGGCAGGAACAGUAGCCCCAACAGAUAGUGAUCCGACAAAGCCUUAUGCUGUUAGUGAUGGCGGCACUGUCAACUUUGCAGGCGAAGGCUCCAUGUUAGAUCCAGAAGCUCUGACAACUGAUACUGUGGGAGUGGGAACUAAACCAGAAGAAAAAAACAGGGUAACUGGCGGUACCAAUAAUACAAUCGAAGCAGCGAACAAGGAACCCCCAGCAAAGAAGGAGUCUCCCAUAUUAAUUGCAGCAAAGAAUGGUAUCACUGAAAUUGUGGAGAAUAUCCUGGAACAUUUUCCAGUUGCCAUACAUGACAUGAAUGAACACAAGAAGAAUAUAGUGCUGUUGGCGGUGGAGAACAGGCAACCACAUGUAUAUCAACUUCUGCUACGAAGAAAUGUUCGGACAGAUAGCGUAUUUCGGAGAGUGGAUAACAAAGGGAAUAGUGCCUUGCAUCUUGCGGCAAAGCUUGGAGACAAUAAGCCUUGGCUAAUUCCAGGAGCAGCAUUGCAAAUUCAAUGGGAAAUCAAGUGGCAUGAGUUUGUGAAGGAAUCCAUGCCCUUCCACUUUUUCCCCCGCCAAAACAAGGAUGGAAAGACCUCCAGAGAGAUAUUCACCGAAACCCACAAGAAGCUUGUCGAAGAUGGCAGUCAGUGGCUAACAAGCACCUCUAAUUCAUGCUCCGUAGUCGCUGCACUCAUUGCAACCGUGGCCUUUGCCAGCUCCACCACAGUUCCCGGAGGCGUCAAGCAAGAAAGUGGCACUCCAACGCUCGAAAACCAGCCUGCAUUUGAUGUCUUCGCCAUAUCAUCACUCGUCGCACUUUGCUUCUCCGUCACGGCCUUGGUCAUGUUUCUCUCCAUCUUAACAUCUCGAUACCAAGAGAAGGAUUUUGGGGGAGACCUACCAAGGAAGCUUUUGCUAGGUUUAACAUCAUUGUUCGUUUCAAUAGCUUCCAUGUUGAUUGCCUUUUGUGCAGGACAUUUCUUUGUGCUAAAGGAUAAACUGAAAUAUGCAGCGUUUCCAGUUUACGCAGUGACUUGCCUGCCGAUAACCUUUUUUGCAGUAGCGCAGUUUCCACUGUACUUUGAUCUUAUAUGGGCUACCUUCACGAAGGUGCCACAACGUAGCUACAAGGUGGUUCUUUAAUGUGUGAGUUCUUUUUCAUUUUUUCUCAUUUAUAAAAUUUGAUGCUUAAGAGUAUUACAAGGAAUAUUACAAAUUU